UCCGUCAGCGAAAUCUGUCCCCUGUGUUAUUAUUGUUGGCAAAAGAGCAGCUGCGUACACUGUAAAGUCGUGCACACAAAGUUUGCUACCACCCUUUCGAAAACUACAAUAAUGCCGUCGGGGAAAAACUUUAGAAGGAGAAGAGAAAGCUCUUCGGACGAAGAGGAAGACGAGAUAACAGCUGAAGUUAGAUCGAAACUGGACGAAGCUAAAGAACUUCAGAGUUUACGGAAAAGACAGACUGGAGUUAGCGUGGCUGCAUUGUUGGAGGGGGAGAAACUUCGCUUGGACGAAGGGGGUGAUAAUGACCCUUUUAAAUUGAAGACCGGGGGUGUUGUUGACAUGAAAAAAGUUAAAGACCGGGCCAGAGACAUGACCGAUGACGACACAGGGGACCUUAAUCUGGGCACCUCUUUCUCUGCCGAGACCAACAGACGAGAUGAGGAUGCCGACAUGAUGAAAUACAUUGAGACAGAGCUGAAGAAGAAGAAGGGCUUGGUGGAAGCGGAGGAGCAGAAGGUAAAAGUGAAGAAUGCUGAGGACCUCCUGUACGAGCUGCCGGAGAACAUCCGAGUCAACUCGGCCAAGAAGACUGAAGAGAUGUUGUCCAAUCAGAUGCUGAGUGGGAUCCCCGAGGUUGACCUUGGCAUUGAUGCUAAGAUAAAGAACAUCAUCUUCACGGAGGAGGCCAAGGCCAAGCUGCUACAGGAUCAAAGGAACAAGAAGAAGGACAACGGCACCUCCUUUGUCCCCACCAACAUCGCUGUCAACUACGUCCAGCACAACCGCUUCUACCGUGAAGACGUGAACGCCCCACAGAGACACCACAACAGACACAAACCAAAGGAGCCAGAGGCCAGGCCUCUCCGUGUGGGUGACACAGAGAAACCAGGACCAGAGGCUGUGGAACCAGCCAACCAUCGCAAGAGGCCUAACAACGAGAAGGCCACGGACGACUACCACUACGAGAAGUUCAAGAAGAUGAACCGUAGAUACUGAGGAUAGAUUUGCCCUUUGACUGGAAUUUGGAUAAUCUCCACUGAAUAUGAUUUUUAGUCUUGGGCUAGGAUGUUUUUCCUUUAGGAAAAAAAAUCUAUGCCCAUUUGUAUAAAUAGCCUCUUCUGCUUUUUGUUUCCAGCUUUGUUGUUUUGUCUGGGACUCGAUUGAUGUAGUGUAUUCUAUCAAUAGCAUGUGAAAUGUAAAAUCAGAAUUAUUUGAUGUCAUUCCAUCCUUGGUUUCUACAAUAAAUGUAUCAUGUUCUCUUUGA